CUUUUGUAAGCUUGUACCUUGAACAAGCUUACAAAAGAAGCAUUUACAGAGAAGAGAUGGAGAGAUUAAGAUGGUCAUUUUAUUUGACGGUGAUGAUGAUCUUGGUCAGUGGAGAGGCCCAGCUAGUUCAAAAUUUCUAUGCAUUUAGCUGCCCCGCCGUUGAAGCAAUCGUACGGCAGACGGUCCUAACCAAACUCAGCCAAACGUUCGUAACCGUCCCCGCAACUCUCCGCCUCUUCUUCCACGAUUGCUUUGUUGAGGGCUGUGAUGGAUCGAUCUUGAUCUCAUCGCCGAAUGGAGAUGCCGAAAAGGACGCACCGGAUAAUCAGUCCCUCGCUGGAGAUGGGUUCGACACCGUCAUCAAGGCCAAACAAGCCGUUGAAGCUCAGUGCCCGGGCAUGGUCUCUUGCGCCGACAUUUUGGCUAUUGCGGCCAGAGAUGUCGUGCUUCUGUCUGGAGGCCCAGGAUGGAUCGUGGAGCUUGGCCGCCGUGAUGGCCUCAUCUCACAGGCGGGCCUCGUCGCUGGCAACCUCCCUCAGCCGACGUUCGAUCUCAACCUUCUCAACUGGAUCUUCCGCAAGAAUAACCUCACACAGACGGACAUGAUCGCUCUCUCUGGGGCCCACACCAUCGGCUUUUCCCACUGCGACCGCUUCGCCAAACGCCUUUACUCCUCCCCACCAGAUCCCUCCCUCAAUCCAACAUACGCCCAGCAGCUGAUGACCGCCUGCCCUCGCAAUGUGGACCCCACCGUCGCGGUCAACCUAGACCCCACCACUCCGAACAUAUUCGAUAACGUCUACUACCAGAAUUUGGUGGCUGGGAAGGGGCUGUUAACGUCGGAUGAGGUGCUGUUUACAGACCCCGCCUCGAAACCGACGGUGAAUGACUUUGCGACGAACUCAGGGAACUUCGGGACGGCGUUUACGGCUGCGAUGAUAAAGCUUGGACGGACGGCCGUUAAGACGGGAAAUCAAGGAGAGAUUAGGAGAGAUUGCUCUGCCUUUAAUUCAUAAGAUAAAAGAAAUGAUUGUUUGAUUGGAACAGAAGGGCUAUGAUCACCAACAACCGCUUGUAGAUUAGCUUAAGCUACAACCCGUUGCAUGGGCCGGUGUGUCUAGCAUGUACACCCAACUAAGAUCACCCAAUUUGGGGCUUGACAAAGAUGGGCCACCCAAAUAAGAUCAUCAAAAUAUCUAGUUCAUGUUGUA